AUUGUUGCGGGUAUUAUUCCAUAUCAUGCACUUUCGGAAAUCAAGUGCUUGAUUUAAUGGAAUUAGUUCCAGGCUUCUUGUGUAACGCACUAAAGAAAUGAAAAUACAAACCUAAAAAAAAUGAUUUUAUUGAUACUUCCAUAUUUGCAGUUAGCUAGCUGUUGUUGGUUUGUUAGCUCGCUAAAGGGUAGCAAUUUUAUUAAGUUGAAUACUUUAUUGGGGUUUCAGACAGUUGUUUUUAAGCUAAACAAAUCACAUGCAGGGAUCAAUAUCAAAGGGAGUCUCGGACAACGAAAAUGGGACGCAGAAAAUCCAAGAGAAAGCCCCCGCCUAAGAAAAAAAUGACUGGCAACUUGGACACCCAGUUCACGUGUCCAUUUUGUAACCACGAGAAGUCCUGCGACGUGAAAAUGGAGCGAACGCGAAACACGGGAAUUAUAUCAUGCAGCGUUUGCUUGGAGGAGUUCCAGACUCCAAUAACCUAUCUGUCAGAACCGGUGGAUGUUUACAGUGACUGGAUAGAUGCAUGUGAAGCCGCCAAUCAAUGAUCAUUUCCUCCGCAAUCAAUGAUCAUUUCCUCCGCAAUCAACUGGAACAAUUAUUCUUGUUGUGUUAGCACCAUAGGUAGACAGUAUGUACCUAAACGCCACAUUGAGCGCUGAUUCUUGUAUCACAUUUUCUGCUAUAUUGGAUGUGGCAAAAUGGAGCAAUGGGCGGUAGGUUGGAUGGUUAUGAUAGCUAUGUGAAGUAAAUUACUUUUGCAGGGCCGAUCAAUGACUUCAUUGAUCGGAUCGGCAAAUUAUGAAAAUAAAGCUGACCAACCUGAACACAGGAAGAACAAUUUAAACAUUCUUCCAAGUGAAUUUACUGCACACAAAAAAUAAAGGAAUAAAACUUUUUAAAACAUUUUACAACAAUUUUCUAAAGUCCCAAACCUGUGAUUUCAGCCUCUCAAUUGUGAAUAUUGCACUGACCAAUUAACUUUAGUCCUCCACGAAAGCAGACAAAUUCCCUGCUUGGGGUUCUCUAUGGUGGCUUGCUCAAGGACAGUAGCCAGAAAGUAGACUAGAUCUCCCCAACCAACAGUUGCUAUUUUUUACCUUUUACAUUUCUUCCCAAUGGGUAUCGAAUUCUGCCUCCAAAGUCCAAGUUCUUACAUUGACACCCAUCAGAUAAAAAGUCACUUUUUUGGGGCGUCUCAUCUAUUGGCUUCCCAUAUGUAUUUGGGCGUUGGGAGGUAUGAACUUAAAAGUUCUCUGCAGUCCAUUUAAUUGUAUUAUUCUACAGGGCAGAACUUCCACAUCAAAUAUGGCAGACACAAUGAUAUAUCGCAGCAACGUGCUAAAAAACUCAAUGAGUUGUCUAUACACUGUAGUUUAUCUAUAGUUAGCACUAUUCCACAGUAGUGUAUGUCAUUAUUUUCUCAUGCAAAUAUGUGGUGGUAUUUGUUAUCUCUUAGGACUAAAAUAGUCAUGAAACAUGAUAUUUCUUUCACUGUUAUUUUACUCACCACUGGUAUUACCUCAUGUGAUUAU